AUGAGAAAAAUUGAGUUGGCCAUAAAGCCAGAACUUGGAAGAAUAGCUGAAAAUAAAAUUCUUAAUUUUAAAGUGGAGGAAACUGUAUUUCCUGCUCACCGGAACUCAACGCGUUAUGAAAGUUUUGUUGGAGGUUUGAAAAAUCGCUUAAUCGAGUUACCUGAUGAUAAAUUGAAACAUCAGCUGAUCAAAAUGCUUGAACAUCUUGGAUAUUAUUAUCGUGCUCUCUGCUUGAGUGAUUUACUGCCGAAUUGGUAUGCCUACAGUUAUUUGUGUGAAAACAUGACAAAAGAAAUUGUUCACGAUGCGGGUGAUAGGACAACGAUUCAAAAUCAGUUGGCGAAGCUUUUCGAAAAAUUCGUGAAAUCGGAUGAACUGAAUUUUAAAGAAAAUGAUUCGGGUGAAGAAAAAGAAAUCUUGAAAAUGUUGCACACGAUUUUGCUUGAACAGUACGUUUCGGAUCCAGCAUCCAGAACCAUAAUCUUUGUGACGACACGUAAACUGGCCCAAUAUUUAUCACACCAUUUGAACGCAGUUAAAAUUGUCGAUAGAACAAGUCAUGCAGUCGGAUUCAUUACCAGUUCAAACAGGUCUUCUGCCUUGAAUGGUCAAACGACUGAAGAACAGCGGACGGUGAUUGAAAAUUUCAACCAAGGUACUUUAAAGGUUUUAGUGGCCACAUCAGUUGCUGAAGAAGGUCUGGAUAUUUCUGCAUGUAAUCUGAUCAUUAAAUAUAACAACACAGGUUCCGAGAGAUCACUGAUUCAAAGAAGGGGUCGAGCUCGAGCGAAGCAUAGUAAAUCAAUAUUGCUGGCAUUAGAUGGUUCUAUAGAAGAGAAAGAAUUAGAGAAUAUUCAGAAAGAACAUUUAAUGAGGCGAUGCCUGGAACAUAUACAAACAAAGUCGGAAAACCAGAUGAAACACUUGGUAGAAGCGAAAAUUAAACAAAUGAAAGCUCUUCAGGAAGCGAAUUUGGUACGAGAGAGUGAAAAGAAGCGUUCAUUGGAAGGGAAAUGUUAUGAUUUGAAGUGUCGUCUCUGUGGCUCAUUUAUAUGUAAAAGUAGUAGUAUGCGAAUUGCGUGCGAUAACCAUUAUGUUUGCUGCGACCCAACAAUUUGGGAGCGGAUUGAUGCUAGAGUUCACAAUGCAAAGUCAUUGGCAAUUGCAACGCUGGUUGGUAAACUUCAUUGUAAAGGAACCGAUGAAUCAGACUGCAAUGAAGUGCUGGGUACAAUUGUCAAGUUAUACGGUGCCUUCCUGCCAACGAUAGCAGCAAAAGCGAUAAUGAUUGAUGAUAAGGAAGGAUUAUCUGGUCGGCCACAAUAUGAGAAAAAAUGGGAUUCUAUAACAACAGAUAAAUUUUGUGUUGAACCAAUCACUGAGUUUGAUCUAAAAGUGAUGUUGAACUCGCUGCACAGCUACUCACGAGAACAACAUCUUCAAUUUGAAGCUGAAGCAGGACUUGCUGUCAAGCGUGCUCUCACCGAAAUGAAAAAAGAAAAGCGACAGUUCGUAAUCGAGGAAUAA